CCCCUUUUUCCUGAGGGAAUAAGAGUUUCCCCCGACGGACAGACGGACAGACACUCGAAUUAGGAGACCCUGUCUUCAAGUGCCCACAGACUGCAUCAUGCCCGAGCCUAAGAAAACAGGAAGGAAAUCAAAAUCUGGAGCUUCUGCAGCAGAGAAGCUUCCGGUCUAUGAGCCGAAUAUUCCUGAGCCCACCACCCGAGCGGAUCUUCUGAAAUACUGGCUUCCUCUCUGCCUGGAUGACAGGACAGCUCAGAAGAUGCUGUGGAUUUCAGAAGGGGGCAGCAAGGUGACGCGUAAGGAAGACGAGUCCGUGUGCCCGUACCCCAACAGGCCUGAGCGUUUCGACCACUCGCCACAGGUGCUGUGCAAGGAGGGCCUCUGGGGCAUCCGGGGCUACUGGGAAGUGGAGUUUUCGGGCUGGGUGGUGAUCGGGGCCAUGUACGAGGGUGUGGGGCGCAAGGCCCAGGACGGGCCGUGCGGCCUGGGGGAGAACGAGGGCUCCUGGGGGGUGGGCUGGGCGGGGACCAGCUACCAGGCCUGGCACAACAGCGAGAACGUGGACGUGGAGGCGCCGCUCACCCCCGUCAUCGGGGUGUACCUGGACCAGCCCGCCGGCGUCCUCAGCUUCUUCGCCGUGACGGGGGAGGAGGAGGCGCAGAAGGAGGCCAAGCUGCUCCACAGGUACAAGGCCUCCUUCAAGGAGCGCCUCCUCCCGGGCUUCUGGGUGGGGACCAACUCCCACUGCUGGAUCCGGAAGAAAGCAGAGUGAGCGAGGGAGAGGGAGGGGGAGGAGAGAAAGAGUGAGAGAAGGAAGGAAGGAAGGAAGGAAGGAAGGGGGGAAAGAUGUGUGUAAGCUGCGGAGGGAGGGUAGUGAGGCGGAGUCCUGAUUGGCUGGGGGAAAGGGUAGAAAAUGAAAAAUAAAAAACGUUUUAAAAAAUGUAAAAUAUAUGGGGGAUGGGGAUAGUACGGAGAGUAUGCAGAUAUUUAUGGAAUGACAGAAGGGUGUUUCUUUCUCCUGUUUUAAUAACUGCAUUCUUCUAAUUCCUCCUCUGAAAAAAUAAAUAAAUAGUGAUUACAAUGAUGGUGAUCAAAGUAUAUGGCUGUUACAUUUACUACCAUUAUCACUGUUUGGUAUUAUUGCUACAGUAUAAUUACAGAUUACAGUAGAUUACUAUCUAUGUACGAUAGAUAUACUAUUUUAAAAUUGUGUUGGUAAAAUUAUGGAAAUUGGAGAAACUGCUGUUUUGUAUCUGAAGUGCCAGUAUUCAUGAAUGUAUCCACAUUUUUGGGAAAUUAAGUUUAUGAAUAAAUAUGAAUUUAUGAACCAUU